AUGAGCGGCGGGGGACCCGGAUGGGGGACGUUUUUCGGGCUCUCGCCCUCACAGUCUCGCGUGGCUCCAGAUGAGAAUGGCGCCGACAAUGCAAUUAAGGUCGGUGCACUCGACCAAGGCACAAUCAGGUCCGUCGCGGUUGAAGGCGAUGCAGCAAAGCCUUCUGGCGCUGUUCCUGACCCGGUUGCAGCGGCUGAUACAGGAAACAAUGUUUCCGCUGAUACGAAUAAUGGCCUCCCGCCAACUGACGAGAAUCCGCCUCAGUCAAUCGAUAGCCUCAAACCCGUUCUGGCGGUUCAACCAGUGGCAGCAGCGAGCAGCGCAGGCAUGCAGGCAGAGGCGAAUGGAAUCUCCAGUGGUGCGAGCGAGAACCCGAAGGAGGGAGGGAGGGAGAAUGUGGCGGAGGAGGCGCGAGAGGAAGUUACUGAGGGAGAGGUUCGGAAAGGGGAGGAUAGGGUAGGAGAGGGAGGGGACAGGGAAAGGGAGAGCGUAGGGUUGGAGGUUGGGGGAGAGGCGAACGCGAAGCAUGAGGGGGGCGAACAGCAGGGAGGGGAGGGUAACAAGGGUGGAAAGUUCUCCGAGGCGUCUGGAAGCCCGCCUGUGACGGAAGCUGGGACGCUGCUAAAUGGGCGGCAAGCGCCGGCAGCGAGCGAGAAUUUCGUCGAGGGCGGGAGGCAGGGUGAAAUGCGGGUGGAAGGAGAUGAACAGCAGCGAAAUGGGCGGCCACCGGCGGAGAAUGCGGAAAAGAAAGUGGAUGUGCGUGUUGAGGAGGGGGGGCAGUUUAAGAGUAAAGUCCCGGAGACGCCUCAAGAGCUGGAAGAGAGACGAGGCGUUGAGAGGUCUGGAGAAGAGGGCGGGAACAAGGGCGUUGAGGGAGCGAGCAAGGGCGUUGAGGGGUUGGAGAGUGUGGUGGUGGUGCUUGCAGGGGAAGAGGGGGAACGGGCGGAUGGCGGAGGGGGAACCGAUGGGCGGAGCGAGGGGGAAGGGGGGGGAGGGAGGGAAGGGGGUAGUGCGGUAGAGAAUGGAGGAGUUGAGAAGGUAGGAGACGGCGUCGUUGGGGGAUCAGUAGGGAAGGCUGAGGAAGGCGAGGGAGCUGCUGCUGCGCCUCUGACGUCACCUGUGUCUGUCUCUUCCCCUGUCCCUGUCCCUGCUCCUCUGCCUGUCUCAUCUCCUCGGCCUGUCUCAUCUCCUGUGUCUGCCUCUGCUCCUGUGCCUGCCUCUGCUCCUGUGCCUUCUCCUGUGCCUGCCUCUGCCCCUGUGCCUUCUCCUGUUCUAGCCUCUGCUCCUGUGCCUUCUCCUGUGCUUGCCUCUGCUCCUGUGCCUUCUCCUGUGCUUGCCUCUGCUCCUGUGCCUGCCUCUGCUCCUGUGCCUUCUCCUGUGCCUGUCUCGCCACCUGUCCCUGUCUCGUCACCUGCGCCUGUCUCGUCACCUGCGCCUGUCUCGGCCUCGAACGACAGGCAUCAAGAGGGCGGAGAAGAGCCGGGAAAGCAGACCAGGGAUGGGAUUCGUGGGAAUGGGAUGCCUGACGCGGUGCCCAAUGCUGGUAGCGGAGACGCUGAUAAGGCGGAUGAGGGGAGAAAGGAGAUGCGGUCCAAGGUGGAGGAGCUGCUGGCGCAGGCUGCUGCCCUGAGGGCGCGCGGACAGGCGCGUGGGGGAAGCGCGGAGCGGGGGAACGCGGGCCUGGGGGACGGGGGAGAGGGCGGAGAGGGGGAGGGGGAGGGGGGGAGCGACGGGGACGGGGAGGAGGAGGGGAGGGGGCGGACAGACAAGGACAAGGGCCAGGUGAAGGGGCUGGAGACGGGGGAUAAGAAGCAAGUAAAAGAGGCUGGGGACGGGGCAGGGGAGGCCCAGGGGGAAGGAGGCAAGGACGAGGGGCAGCAGAAACAAGAUGUUCCUGUGGGAAAGUUACAGAAGGAACUGAAAGGGCUCGAGCUGAUGCUGGCACGUGUGAAGCAGCGGCAGGUGGAGGAGCAGCAGCAGAAGGAGAAGGAGAAGCAGGCUGAGGCGGAGAGGGAGAGGCGGAAGGAGGAACAGCAGAGACAGAGGGAGAGGAAGCAGCGGGAGGAGCGGUUUAACGAGCUGCUGGAACGGCAGAGGGAGGAGGAGGAGGAGGAACGGGGGGGGAAGGGAGGCGGAUCAGGGUCAGGGAGUGGCGGGGGAGGGGGAGACAGGAAGGCAUUGCUUGCAGGGCUGACUCUUGCUGGUACAGGCGCUGAUGCAGGGAUGAAGGGGAAGGGCAAAGGAAGCUCUGCCAAGAAAGGUAGUAGCGGAGGGGGAAGAGAAGCGGAGGAUGACGAGGAGGAAGAGGAUGAGGAGAGUGAGAGACCGAUGGGGUUGGAGGAGGCAAAGGCGCACCUGCUGAGAGUGGCAGCAGAGGGGUUUGAGAGGAAGCGCAGAGCAGAGGAAGAGGAUCCGCAGAUGACGGUUGGGGCGCUGCCUGUGAUUCCCGAGGGGGAUAAGGAAGGAGAGGAGACGGAUGAUGAGGAGGGGGUGGUGGGGUCGAUAGGGGGUGGAUGGGCGAGAGGAGUGGUGGGAGUCAGGGCUGCUGAGCGGGAGGAGGUGGAGGGGAAGGUGGAGGAGAAGAAGGGGAGUGGGGAAGAGGCGAAGGGAAAGGAGGAGGAGGUGAGGAGGGAGCAGAGCGCUGGAGGUGGUGGUGGAGGAGGAGGAGGGGGAGUUGCAAGAGGCCCCUUGACCUUCAGUCUGGGCCUAUUCGGCGGCCCACUAGACAUGGCUAUGACCUCCUCCUCCUCCCCCUCAGGCUCCCCCCACCCCUCCCGCUCCUCCUCCUCCUCCUCCGCCUCCCUCUCCCUCUCCGGCCCCACCUCCCUCUCCCUCUCCCUCGGUCCUGCGUGCGCCUCUGCCAACACUCCAACCCCUGUCUCUCUCCCGUCCUCUCUCUCCGAAUCCCAAGUCAGCUCCUCCUCCCCGCCCUCCUCCCUCGCUCCACAGCCCUACUCCCUUGCUGUUCCCGCCUCGCCUCGCACAAGCUUCCCCUACUCCAUGCCGGCCUCUCCCUCCUCUCUUGUGGUGCGGGACGUGGAUCAUGCAAAGAAGCAGCUCCUAUCCAUGGCAGGGGAGGCGAAGGAGCGGAUUGGCGGGCUCGAGCGCCAGCUGGCGGCGCGGGACGCAGACGUCGCCAGGCUGGAGGAUGAGGUGGCGGCGCUGCGCGCUGAAUCGGACCGGCGAGAGGCGGAGGUGGCAAGGCUGGUGGAGAGGUUAAAGGAGCAGGAGGAGAGAUGGGCUGCUGCCUCUGCUGCUGCCGCUGCUGCUGCUGCCACUGGCACGAGCAGGGCAUCAGGGGGAGGAGUGGGAGGCAGAGGUCCCCGGUGGCAGACCUUGGAGCGGCGCCUGGAGCAGAAAGAUGAGGUGCUGGUUCGGCUCAUGGGGAUUGCCAAGGACCGGUGGCGGGAGGUUCGGCGCGAGGUUCGGCGCAAGGACAAGGUGAUUGCAGAGCUGGCUGAAAUGGUGGUUCGGGUCCAGGCUGAGAGGAGGUCCGGUGGUGGUAGUGGUGGUGGAGAGAGUGUGGGGGAGGGAGGGAGUGAGGGAGGGGAUGGCACGGGGAGGAAUAGCUUGGAGGAGGAAGUGAGGAAGUUGUUGGAGUUUGCACUGAGGCAUGGGGAGGAGGUGGAGGGGGUUCUUACUAAGGAAGAGCAGAAGCUACAGGAGGUCUUUGAAGCAGCAGACAUUGAGGGGCUGAAGUGGGGUGUAGAUUCGGGGAUAGUUAUGUCGGGGGCUGGUAGCAGUAGUGGAGAUGCAGGAGGCGUGUGCGUGGUGUCUGGUCAGGAAGGCAAUGGUGAAGAGGUGACUAGUGUUACCAUCACUCCAGAAGAAAUUACAUCUGCUGCUUUCCUCAACCUCUCCCCAUUCGUCCUCCAGCCUCCUACUGCCUAUCCGAGCGUGCAGACAUUAUCAGCGCCGAAAUCGCCAGGCUUCCCUUCAGCCAUGGCGUUAUCACUCCGUCUCCUCGCCGUGAUCCUUGCUGUGAGCUCCAUGGCGGUCGUCGGCGCGCAGCGAGUGGACGUGUCGUUCAACCAGAACUUCGUCUUCCCCUCGUGGUGCAAGCCGCCCUUCUGCACCAGCGCGCCUGACGGAAGCAUCACCCUCGCCGUCACCCCCAAAUCCGUCGGAGUCUUCGAGUCCAAGGGUGUGUACAGCUACGGCAUCUACUCCGUGCGAAUGAAGCUCCCCGCGGGCUACUCGGGCGGCAUUAUCCCGUGCAUUUACCUCAUCACGCCCGGCGCCUCGUCAUACCAGUCGAUCCACGACGAGAUCGACCUCGAGUUCCUCGGCGGCACGGAUCCGCGCAACAUCACCAUCCACACCAACCUCAUCACGGGCGGCCAGGUCAAGCUGGAGCAGUUCCGCUUCCCUUUUGACCCGUCGGCGGCGUUUCACACGUACACGAUCGUGUACUCACCGGAUCGGGUGAUGUGGCUGGUGGACAAUACGCCCAUCCGCAUCACCAGCAGGACGCCAGGGAAGCCUUUCCCAUCCGACAACGUCAAGAUCAUGGGCUCCAUUUGGGACGCGUCGUCGUGGAGCAAGCUCAAGCCCAGCUACGCGAACGGCCCGAUCAAGGUGCAAUACAGCCACUUCGACGUGCGUAGGACGUGCCGCGUGCCGCCCAGCGGCGCCGUUCCUCCCUGCAAGUCGUGGCGCAACGUCGCCCAGGCGCCGUGGAUGGGGGUUCCAACGGCAGCCCAACUGGCGCGUUUUAGACAGUACCGGCAAAGGUUCCUUGUGGCUGACUACCCUUGGGGUCCUGCCAAGUGA